ACGUGCUGAGGUCAUUAACAGGAAGUGAAGCUGAAGGCGUCGCUCUGCUGCUCAGACUGACAUUCAGUCGUCAUCCAGACAACAUGAAGACUCCGUCUGUGUCUCUGCUCCUCGGUGUGUCUGUGCUGCUGCUGUCUGGACUGACUGUUUCUGCAGUCUCUCUGAAUGUCAGUCCAAACCGUCUCCAGUUCUUUGAAGGAGAGUCCGUCUCUCUGAGAUGUGAGGGACAGGUGGUCUCUGAUGGACAGACAGUAAAGAGGACCAGAGGAGGACAGACUGAGGACUGUGGACCAGCUGGUUCAGGAUUUGGGAGGUUUGAUGGUUUCUCCUGUAUCAUCUCUGGUCUCAGUGUCUCAGACUCUGGAGGUUAUUGGUGUGAAGACAGAGAUGGACAGAGGAGAGACGAGGUCUCCAUCAGUGUGUUUCUUAAAGACGAUCAUCCUUUUAUUCUGGAGAUCCCUGCACUUCCUGUGAUGACAGGAAGUGAUGUCACUCUGCGCUGUAGAAGUGACUCUAACAACAGACCCACAGUGUUUUUCUACAAGGAUGGUGUCCUCCUUGGAUCUGGACCUGAUGGAGAACUCCCCCUCAGUAAAGUCCAACAGUCUCAUGAAGGUCUCUACUGGUGUUCUACUGAUCUGUAUGGAUCAUCUCCUCAGAGCAGACUGAGGGUCAGAGCUCCUCCUCCUCCUCCUCCUCCUCCUCCUCCUCCUUCCUCUCCUCCUCCUCCUCCUCCUGCCUCCUCUGUCUCUGUGCUCAGACUCUUCUGCCAUCUAGUGGUCUUCUGUCCGUACUGCAUCUGCUCCCUCCUGCUGGUGUCCAUCUGCUGCAGCAGGAAGACAGGAAACAAACCAGCCGUCUCCAUGGAGACGAUCCAUCACCUUGAAGAGUAUGAGGACAUCACUGCUGAUGUCAUCAAUGAGUAUUACCUCUGACCUCUUUAUCAGUCGGCAGCUGAGAGACGACAGGAAAUGAGGGCGAUGUCACAAAAGUGGAACUUCCUGUUUCCCGUCCUGUAGUUUGCAAUUUUUUAAUUGUUGUUUUAGUUUCUCAAGAACUUCGUCAACUGAUCAAUCAAUAAUCUGUCAGAUGUAUUUUUGAAGUUUAUAAAGAAGUUAUUUGUAUGUUUUUGUGAUCGCUACAUAGCCAGUGUUAGCAUUAGCAGCUGUUUACCCAAAGAUCAUGAGUUCAGCAUCAAACAUUUCUUAACUCAAAACACCGUCAAUGUUUGGCUUCUAUCUCUAUCACUCCUUUUCCUCUACUGAAGUUAGCAUGCUAAUCAGCUAGCCCCUUCUUGUCUCAUCACUUUCUGAUAGCGACCCACUGUAGCGUCCAGUCCGUCUCUGUUCACAGGACGUUUUCUGACGUCUUGUAUUGUAAACACAACGAUGGCUGGUGAGUAAACAGCUGCUAGCCAGGAAGACAAACUCUCCCUAAUAUUCAGGCUGAGUUUGAACAUGUGACGUCUUUCUGUUUAUUAA